AGAAUGUCAACUAUACAUGCUUAAUUACGGCUGACAAGAUGUGGGACUCCAGUGUGACUUUCCAGUUUCAAAGUCAUAUGAACUAAAAUAUUCUGGGUUCAAGGAAUGUUGCUGUCAGAGUUUGACUAUGCCAAGGAGAAAGUUGUCAACGUGGUCUUCGCGGAAAGAGGAGAUCGAGAUUCUGAUACAAAAGCGUGGAAGCAACCUCAUCCGAAUGCCGAAAAGAGUGAAGAUAGUGGUGAGCAAGAAGCAGUUGCAGAGACUGAUGGCGAGUGUGGAGGAGGUGCAGUUGAGACGUAUGGUGCUGCAGUCGUUGCUCAGACGAUCAAGGAAAUGGAGGCCAUCGUUGGCUGCGAUUCCGGAGGUGUAGGAGAGGGAGAAGAUAUGUUUCUUUGCUUUGUUUGCAACAACUUUGCAGACCUAGUUUUUCAUGGAUGGCUGCAUUGCUCCAUUUUUUGUUGUUGGAGUUUUCAGAUGCUAUACAAUAUCUUGGCAGAGAAUGUACAUAUAUUAAUGCUCUGCAGAGUGAACUCUUGUUCAAGUAGAAAAGGUUUUCUUAUAUCCAAUCACAUUUGGUGGCAGGGAAGUGACUAUGACUAA